GGAUUAGCAGCUUUUCUCCUGGAAAAAAAAUAAAUCCCAAAGUGAAAAAGAAAAGGUUACUGUGUUAGUGGAAGACUUUUAUACAAGCGCUCAAAUGAUUGUUAAAAGAUGGAGACGCAACUUUGAGCAUAAUAUUUAAACAUGUUCCACCAUUUUCCCGAGAGAACUAUAGUUGAAUAUUGAGUGGCAGGUAGGUACCAUAGGUGUCAGAUAUAAAUCACUGCCCCUCCUCUACAGGCCCGCGUGUCAGUGACGUGCGUGUUGAUAAGUCGCCUCCUGUCAGCCGCUGAGGAGUUGGGUGCCGCUGAUGUCAGGAGACAGUGAUCGUGCAGAGGAGGAGCGGCCGCUGCCAACAUGUGACAGAGAGCAGGCUUCUCCACACACAUCUGACCAAUAGAGGGGGGAUGGCCAUUUGAAUGCAAAUGCGUGACACUGUGACAGCAAGGUGCUUAUUAAAGUGAUGUGUCCUCCUGUCCUUUCUGCUGGGAGCUCAGGAGAGUGAAAAGACGCGGGGCAGCUGCAGGAGCGGCUCGGACUACACCAGUUGUUGCUCACACCAAGUUCUGCUCUGCUGCUGCAAACAACACGAACACAACAACAACAACAUGGCAAGUUCUGCCUCGCUGGAGACGGUGAUGUCCUGCGGUAGGACCGGAGCGUCCGCGGCUCCCAAGUCGCUGGCCUUCUCCAUAGACCGGAUCAUGUCCAAGAGUUCGGAGCCGAAGGGGAGCGCGGAGGAGCGGGCAGAGGGGAAGAAGCUGCUCGGUCUCUGCUGCCCGAUCCCCUGCAUGAUCCCGCUGCAGCCCUUCAGCUACGACCUCCAGGCCAAGGCGCUGAUGAACUACUCCGAGCUGUGGAGAGCCAGUUUCAGGGGAACUUUUUGCGGCGCUCCGUGCAAAGGGAACUGCGGCAUGUGCUGCAAAGCGGAGCCGAGUCUGAAGCAGCCGCUGCUGACGUCGGGAAGCCGGGUGGUGAAGCCGCAGGUCGUCCACCAGGCCGUGGCCGUGCCCAGCGGCGGCUCCCUCUACUAUCUCAACUACCUGGACUCUGCGUACCAGCAGUCGGAGCUGCUGGCCGGACACUGGGUGUCCAAUCCGCAGGCACAGGCCUCUCUGUCGGCGCACCACAGACUCUUGCUGCUGGAGAACGCCAAGCUGGCAGCGGUCGGGGCCGACAAACUGCCCACACCUCAGUACCCGCACAAGGAGCAUCUGCCGGGGCAGCUGGACCAGAUAGUGAAGGAGAACCACGGCCUGAGCGCAGAGAAGAACGGCGUCAAGACGCACAGCAAAGUGAGCGGCAGCGGCGCCGCAGACGGAAAACCCAAAAACUUCACGUGUGAAGUGUGUGGAAAGGUUUUUAACGCGCACUACAACCUGACCAGACACAUGCCGGUGCACACCGGGGCCCGGCCCUUCGUGUGCAAAGUGUGCGGCAAAGGAUUCCGCCAGGCCAGCACGCUGUGCAGGCACAAGAUCAUCCACACACAGGAAAAGCCCCAUAAAUGCAACCAGUGCGGGAAAGCGUUCAACAGAAGCUCGACGCUCAACACGCACGUACGGAUCCACGCAGGCUACAAACCGUUCGUGUGUGAGUUCUGCGGGAAAGGCUUCCACCAGAAAGGAAACUACAAGAACCACAAGCUGACGCACAGCGGAGAGAAGCAGUACAAGUGCUCCAUCUGCAACAAGGCCUUCCACCAGAUCUACAACCUGACCUUCCACAUGCACACACACAAUGACAAGAAGCCCUUCACCUGCAACACCUGCGGCAAGGGCUUCUGCCGCAACUUUGACCUGAAGAAACACAUCCGGAAGCUGCAUGACAAUGUCUACACUGCGGCCACAGAGGCCUCCAGACAGCUGCAGAGCUGAGCCGAGGAAACAGCCCACCUGGGACUGUGAGGCCUCAGAAAGACUCAUGUCCGGCUCUUGUGGCCCUGUUGAAAAGUCCAAGGAGAGGGUGGGGCAGUCCAAUCAAAUUGGAAAUGAGCCCUCAACAAAAACUUUUCUAAUCUGAUGACUUUUAGGACCCUCGUAUCAACAGUGACACUGUAGGGAAUGAAGACCAGAGAUGACGAUACAACAAUAUACACUUAACACUGGUCCCAUACUGUAGGAAUAUUAUAGUUUUUCUGUCCAGAAUUUCAUCCUGCGUUGCCAGUUACAAACUGGGAUCAAUCGUCUGUCUCCUUGAUGGAACUGUAAAUAAUAGGUUAUGGAAAAAACGAUAUUUAAAAUGUGAAUUGUCCGGGGAAUGCAUCACCAUGUUGUGUAUUUCACAGAUAAACAACUGUUAAUGUGAAUGAGUAAGUUAUAAGUUAUAAUGAAAACUGAAUGUUUGAGCCAUGUUGUUUCCAUUUUUUGGCAUUUGAAAAUAAAACUGAUGAAAGUUG